CAGACUUCAAAGAUGAAGCUGUUUGCUAUCAUUGCUGUACUCCAACUGGGGGCUUGGUGUGCCCUUGCUGCUGAGACACCAGAUAAACCAAUAAGCAACCUGAAAAAGAUAGUGGAGAAAACAACACAUACAGAGAAAGUACCUCUACUGAACCCAAUUCUAGAGGGUAAAGUCCCAGAUCUCUCCAAUAAUGCUCUAGUCAUUGGCCCCCUAACACCUACAGAUCUUCAGGAACCGGUGAGCUAUUCGCACCUGUUUGACGACAACAUCAAUCUUAACUGGACCAAAUGGGAGGCCUCUCUUCCCAAUGGUGCUGUAGGCAUAUACAAUGGAUACACCAAGCGUACCGAUUACAUCUGCAAGUACAACUGUGAAGCAGGUUUCUAUACACCUAGCAAAGGCCCAUACUGCAACUACCCUUAUGGUGACAGAGAAUACCAUGCCCCUGAGUUCGAUGUCCUCGUCAACUUAGACAACUUUGAGUUUAUGGAGUGGAAGGAUGGCUCAUAUGGAUCAGUUCCCAACCACGCUGUUAGAACCUGUGGAGGAGUUGGCAUCUUUGUAGGCAAAAACAAGUAUGGGCUUGGCAAGGUUGUACCUCAGUUUGAAGCCUUCUUCCUUCCUUGGGAGGGUGAUGAGUACUGGUACAAGAAGUACCAAGUUCUGGCCAUCAACAGAGAUGCCUAUACUCAGCAUAUCUCCCAUGUAGAGUAUGGUAUCAAUGAAGUAGAACUUUUUCAUUACCCACCAGAAACCAUGAGGAUCUCCAGCGUGACCAACAAUGACUGCCAGGCCGUGACCAAGACAGUGACCAUCUCCAAGACCUCGGAGGUGGAGAGCACCUGGAACAUUGGCCGGUCCACUAUGCUUGGUAUCACGGCAGGUAUCACCGCCAAGAUACCCCUUAUUGGCACUGCUGGAGUGGAGUUCACUGGAGAGAAGACCCUGCAGUUUAACCGAGGAACCACUAUGGUAGAAGCUCUCAGCCAUGAGGUCUCCGUGCAGCUCACGGUGCCGCCCAACCACUCCUGCUCUGCACGCAUGGAGGGCCGCAAGAUCACCGCUGACAUCCCUUUCAAGGCCAGGCUCAGCCGGACAUAUGCAAAUGGAGAGACCCAGUGGACCUCUGUUAAUGGGGUCUACGAUGGUGUGCAGAUCGGAGAGGUCCGAGCAGUGGUGGACCGCUGUGAGCCGAUUCCAGACGCCAAGCCUUGUGCAUAGACUCAUACAAGCAUAGUGAAACAUUUCUGAAAUCAGGACAAUAUAAGUGGAAAAAUGCCAUUUGUGAAAAAGCUUCCAAAGUGUUUUUGACCAAACUGACUACAGACUUCAAUCAAUGCAAUUGAGAAGUGUGAUAUGCUAUCUUGCAACAGAAGAAUAAAGAAUAAAAACACAACA